UGGCUUCCCGAAAGAGCCUGUUGAAAGUCGGGACGUAUUCUGAGACCAUCCCCUUUGAUGACAACUAUGAACUUCAAGAUGGAGUAGGGUGCGCGAGAGGGACAACGGUGCCCCGGAGGAUCCGUCGCUCAUUACAGAUUCCAAGCUGAAUUACCGCUAUUCGGCGGUCGUGGCUGUUCCACGCAUAAACGUUAGUUCGCAAUGCAGCAUCCCCGCAGAUGACUGAAGCCAUUGCAUGCAAUGUGCUCCACUUGCCCACGCACCUGCCACGUCUAUACUAAUAGAGGCUGGUGACCUGCCUACCUGCCACGGGCGGUUGAUACCUUGCUUGCUAGGAUUCGAGAUUCGAGUGCUGAAUAGAUAUAUAUGCAUAUUUCCAAAGGGGAGAAUUUCGUCUGGGAUGGCAAUCCGCAAAGCGUACACCUAUUGUAAGGCCAUGUGCGUUUGUUGUUACGCUGGUCUUAUGUUCGUAUCGCCCACUGCGCUCCCAGGCCCAGUCUACCUGCGCAUAUUGUGCUGCAUCUCCGAUACAAUAGGGUACUGCCCUCAAGGAACCUUACAAUCAUGCCCUUGCUUCAUGCGCACACCUAAGCUUCAACCCCACUGCUACAUAGGGUAUGUUCACCUGGUAUCACGAUGCCCUGCCGAUUCCUUGUUGUUUGCUUGCCUUUCGGUGCCACGUUCCAUGUGGUCAAUUAUUUUGCCACCAUCAGAACAAGAAUUCGUUAGUAAACUGCAAAUAUACGGGCAUUCGUAGAAUUGAUGCAAAUUACACGCUUUAAGCACCAUUUCGCUCUUGGUAUGUACUCAUCUAGCGCCACCUGUGUCUCAUCGGCAUUCGUGUAGGUGACUAGCAUUGAGAAUGACGGAGAUGACUCUAACCCGGCAGAACCAUGAUUCUCCCACUGGUACGCGCUUCCUCAUUGGACGAAGACAGUUCCUGGUUCAGUAAUUGUUAGUCCGUCUCGGGGACGGUGUUACAGCGUUGGUUAU